UGAGAAGUCCGGGAGGGAGCUGCGGUGGCUGCUGCGGAGCGUGGUCCGCUCUCAGCGCGCCCCCCUCCGCGGAGAAGCGCAGGGAGGGGACCCCAGGCUCUCGGCUCCGCUCAGUCUCUACUCCCGGGAUGGGGGACGAGCGCAGGGCCUGGAGAAGCACGACCGCAAGCCGCGGCGCCCCCGCUCGCCCGCUAGCUGGCUCUUCGUUGUCGCCGCGCCGACUCAGCUAAGCGGACAGAGUGCACUCGGGCGGCGCACAGAGAGCCCCGGCGGGAGAGAGAGCCGGCGAGGACGGGCUCGGAACGAGCGGUUGGCCGAGAGCUGGCAGGUUUUCAAUGUGUCUUCUGGAGGAUCUAAUGUGAUUAUGACGAGUCUGCCUUUGUAACACUCCAAAAGAGUGAAUGACAUGCACGGUGUGGGGUGUCCUUUCUGAAGGGAGGAGCCUUUCUCUUGGAGAGGAUCCUCGAUGAGCCUGGCCAAGGCCCGGGGUCUGUGUGAAGAGGACUAAGGAUUAAGUAGGAUGUCAACUGAGACAGAACUUCAAGCAGCUGUGAAAACCAGCACCAAGAAAGACUCCAGGAAGAAAGGUCAGGAUCGCAGUGAAGCCACUUUGAUAAAGAGGUUUAAAGGUGAAGGGGUCCGCUACAAAGCCAAACUGAUUGGGAUUGAUGAAGUUUCUGCUGCUCGGGGAGACAAGUUAUGUCAAGAUUCUAUGAUGAAGCUCAAGGGUGUUGUUGCUGGCGCUCGUUCCAAAGGAGAACACAAACAGAAAAUCUUUUUAACCAUCUCCUUCGGAGGAAUCAAAAUCUUUGAUGAGAAGACAGGGGCCCUUCAGCAUCACCAUGCUGUUCAUGAAAUUUCCUACAUUGCGAAGGACAUCACGGAUCACCGGGCUUUCGGAUACGUUUGUGGGAAGGAAGGGAAUCACAGAUUUGUGGCCAUCAAAACAGCCCAGGCGGCUGAACCUGUGAUUCUGGACUUGAGAGAUCUCUUUCAACUCAUUUACGAACUGAAGCAAAGAGAAGAACUGGAAAAAAAGGCACAAAAGGAUAAGCAGUGUGAACAAGCUGUGUACCAGACAAUUUUGGAAGAGGAUGUUGAAGAUCCCGUGUACCAGUACAUUGUGUUUGAGGCUGGACAUGAACCAAUCCGUGAUCCUGAAACAGAAGAAAACAUUUACCAGGUUCCCACCAGCCAGAAGAAGGAAGGUGUUUAUGAUGUGCCAAAAAGUCAACCUGUAAGUAAUAGCCAGCCAUUGGAGGAUUUUGAAGAGCGUUUUGCUGCAGCCACACCGAACAGACAUCUGUCAGUGGACUUUGAUGAGCUUCUUGAGGCAAGCAAGGCUGUGACCCAAUUAGAACUUUUUGGAGACAUGUCCACCCCUCCUGAUAUAACCUCUCCCCCUACUCCAGCAACCCCAGGUGAUGCCUUUCUCCCGCCGUCAUCCCAGACGCUUCCGGGGAGUGCAGAUGUGUUUGGCUCUGUGUCUUUUGGCACUGCUGCUGUACCCUCAGGUUAUGUCGCCAUGGGCGCCGUCCUCCCGUCCUUCUGGGGCCAGCAGCCCCUCGUUCAACAGCAGAUCGCCAUGGGUGCUCAGCCACCCGUUGCUCAGGUGAUGCCAGGAGCUCAACCCAUCGCAUGGGGCCAGCCAGGUCUCUUUCCUACCACCCAGCAACCCUGGCCAGCUGUGGCCGGGCAGUUCCCGCCAGCCGCCUUCAUGCCCGCACAAACUGUUAUGCCUUUACCAGCUGCCAUGUUCCAAGGUCCCCUCACCCCCCUUGCAACCGUCCCAGGCACGAAUGACUCUGCCAGGUCAAGUCCACAGAGUGACAAGCCCAGGCAGAAAAUGGGGAAGGAAAUGUUUAAGGAUUUCCAGAUGGUCCAGCCUCCACCCGUGCCCUCCCGUAAGCCUGACCAGCCCUCCCUGACCUGUACCUCAGAGGCCUUCUCCAGUUACUUCAACAAAGUCGGGGUGGCACAAGAUACAGACGACUGUGAUGACUUUGACAUCUCCCAAUUGAAUUUGACACCUGUGACUUCCACCACACCGUCCACCAACUCACCUCCAACCCCAGCGCCUAGGCAGAGCUCUCCAUCUAAAUCAUCAGCAUCCCACGCCAGCGAUCCGAACCCAGACGACAUCUUCGAAGAAGGCUUUGAAAGUCCCAGCAAGAGUGAAGAACAAGAGGCUCCUGAUGGAUCACAGGCGUCCUCCACCAGUGAUCCAUUUGGGGAGCCCAGUGGUGAGCCCAGUGGUGAUAAUAUAAGUCCACAAGACGGUAGCUAGAUAGCGCAGGUCUGGGAGCCUGAGCCUCUCUAUGCGCAGAUCAACAGACCUAAGAAAUAGCAUCAAUGCGAGCUCAUGGUGGGUGCUUCAAGACUGGCAUGGGAAUCAGCAGUGCAACAGGCUCUCUUGUAUUCUCACCUCACCUCAUCCCACAGAGAAACUCACAAUCGCCCAGUGAAACUGAAGAGGGAACAGAGUGGUUUUUUGGCAACCAAUAGCAGAUACCUAUGGCAGCACAAAAAAAACAAAGCAAAACACAACAUCCCCCCAAAAGUAUUUUUAAAAUAAAAAAAAAACAGAACCCAACAUUGAUCACCAGUCAAGCUGAUGCUUAACCAACAAAUACCUUGAGCUCUCUCAGCUGGGUCUAAGAUGCCCCCGGAUAUGAAACCAUUAUUGUGCUUUUAUUUUGCUACCUGUUGACCACUGUAGAGACCGAAGAUUUGGAGUGGCAGGCAUCAGAGAAUUGCAACAAGGUUGGCACUAACUCAUUUUAGGCCAAAGCAAGGGAUCCUUUGUGACCACAGUGUCAUCUUCCAUAUGCCUUCUGGCUGUGGCGAUGUGCGUGGCAUCUCUCCACAGGGCCUGGUCUGCCAUCCUGUUUCCCCUGUCCUUUAUUUGUCAUGUUUGAGAAUUAAUGAGUGUACAAAUUUUUGUAUUGCUUUUGACUUUUUUUUAGAAAUGGGUGAAGAAGUCUAAAUGGGGGAGGGAAAGUCUCUUAUGAUGUGAAUUAACUUGAAAUCACAAGGCAAACAAGUGGUUGGUUAUUCAUUAUAAUCAAGGAUAUUGCCAAAACAACCCUUUAGUUAUCCUGCAUCCUGGUGAAGAAAGACAGCUUUUGGAUGGAACCUUCAUCCUGGGGGUAGCAAAGGACAUCAAACCCCAUUGAUGAGAAAGAUGGAAAAAUGCAUCCAGUUCCCUAAGAAGCUCUGAAGUCUUGAGUACAAUAAAAUGAUGUCUUUAUUUUUCUGAUACUUCGCUGCUGUGAUACUAUGCAGACAAGUGUCUUCUCCAUGCGCCAUUUUCAAAGAAAAGUCAUUUGCCAAAUAGUUCUGGUACAAUUCUGGUAAUGUGGUUUUGAAUCUUAGAAACCAACUUUCUAAUGGUGACAUGAAUAUUCAAUGUAACAAACUGACUCUGUGGUCAAAUGGUUCAUCUCUAUCUCUUUUUGUACAUCAGAAUAUUCAAAUGGGAUUUUUUUAUUUUCUAACUUGAAAAGGAAAACCUUACCAUUAAACUCUUUAACUAUUUAAGGGAAAUGGCUUUAAGGAGUUCUAAUGAUGUAAAUAUGUCAAUGAAGAUGCUUUUAAUAAUGCCAUUACACUGUAGAGAAGAUAGCAGAUGGAGUGUAAGGUGCAAGGAACAUGAUGGAUGGGGCUCACUCUCCAGGAGUUUUUCUAGGAUGACUGGUAGAAAGCGACCAUUCAGAGACAGGCAGGAAGUCUUGGGCCAAUCAGCAGCUAGUGAACAGGCAGGGGCGGGGCUUCACAGCCAGCUUUUCUGGAGUUUUCUCACCUUAAGCCCAAGGGGAGAAAAAGAGGAGGCUCACAUUGGAAGGUUUGAUUUUCAGAUUUGGGAAAUCGCUCACCUCUCCAUUCCCAUUUCCUCUCCCAUCAGCCACUGGACAAAUUGUACGUGAAACGGAAGGAUUUUACACAUGUGGGACAAAAGUCUAGUGUUUAGUUCAUAUGUUUAGCACACAACUUUCAUAAAGAAUCUAUAUAUUUUUACCCUAUAGAGAAUUGUUAUACAGGUCAAAUGUGUUUUCCUGAUGUUCCUAUGCAGUUACAUGUUGGAUUUAGUGGCUUAACAUAAAGAAAGAAACCCUCAAGAGCUGUGUGAUUGGAUCUGGGAGUAAUUACUGUAUUAAGUUUUAAAAUUUGAAAAGUCAAAUUUACCUUGAUAUGAGUGAUUGAAAUUGACCUGUAUGUGUUGGCUUCUUCAUAUUAAUAGGAACUAAAAUAGUUUUGAAGAUGAUUUUUUGUUUUGGUUUGGUUUUUGAGACAGGGUUUCUCUGUAUUGCUUUGGAGCCUGUCCUGGCACUCACUCUGUAGACCAAGCUGGCCUCAAACUCACAGAGAUCCACCUGCCUCUGCCUCCCGAGUACUGGGAUUAAAGGCAUGCUCCACCACACCUGGCUGAAGAUGAUUUUAAAGUGACUCUUCAGACAAAAAAAGACAGGAUACAAUGUCAACCUAAUUGUUAUUUUCACUGGAAUAUAAUUUUCCCAAAUAGAUCAAUGAACCACAUGUCCAUUAAGAAAUAUGUGUAAAUGCUACUCUACUGUAGAAGGUUCCAGGAACUAGAGAAACCAGAAGGGUUAUUCACUGCCCUCUGAAGCUGCUAUCUGUUGGUACAAGAUUCCUCCCAAAAGGUGUACCCUUGCUAUGAUGAGGUGACCCUCUUGUGCAAAGGAGAAAUGGGAAGUUGUAAUGUCCGAGAACUGUCCUGAAAGCAGACCUGCUUCUCUGAAGUGUUAGCAAGUUAGGUGGUUGCCACGGGAAACAGCAUCAGUGGCUAUGGGUGUGAUGCCAAGUCUCUAUGAGUGGUGCUGUCGUGUCCCUCCCUAUGGCUGUCAGAGUUUGUCCAUAAGUGUCACACCCUCAUCCCCAUCCUUUGGGUAACUGUGACAGGAAGCGCACUCUGACUGGCAUUGCUGUUUUAGGUAUACCAUCUGCAGUCAGUUGCAUAGCAGGUGGUGACAGCCCAGCCAAUGGCCAUCCUUCAUUGAGCAGGUUGGAAAUGUAACUGAAUCUGAACUUGAGGAAGAUUCCCAGCUGAUACAUGAAAAUGAGGAGGAUAAAGUCGAGAUUUUAGACUGCCACCUUUAUCUUCAUUGCAGAAUACUGAUUUUUUUCCCCCAAGCACCGUUUGGUGAGUUCAGAACCACGGUACCCCUCUCCCAGGAAUACAGUGAUAUGUCCAAACAGGAGCUGAGGUACCAAUACCAAAAGAGCAUGGGGAGUCUGCACAGUUCUGGUUAGAUCGAUAGAAAGAUUCAUGAGUACAACUCACUUCCUCAUCCUCUAUUAGCACUAAAUUUGUCACUUUAAAUUUUGAAACCAGGGAAAUGCCACCUGUCAUUCUGUCCCCAUUCCCCAUAGCUUUUCGAUCUUUACAUGCCACAAGACUUUUUUGCUAACUCAUAUCCAUCCCAGCGUCUACAGCAACCCCAUCAUGUAAUGUACCGGGCACCUUCUUUUAAGAAAAUGUUUACUCCGUGGGUUUGGUUCCUUUCAAUUUCUGCGUUCUGACACAUAUUUUUUUAAUAAAGAUGAGAAAGAGAAAAUGACUGUUGCAGUACGUUUCUAGACCUACUUUAACUUUACCUCAGAUGACAGUUUGUUAACAUAUAUGGACACAUUAUUUUUAACUUUAUGUACAAUGCAUUCAACAGAACAGCAAAAUUUUUAGAAAUUUUCCAUUAAUUUCUGUAACACGCCAUGUAAAACGGUUACAAAUAAACAUGUUUGAGAACAACA